CAAGACUCAGUGAGAGAAGAGAAAUGGAGCAGCACUCAUUAGAUGAAGGAACACAGACUUGGGAGGAAUGGUGAACACGUGAGAAAAAGCAGGCAGAUUCCAAAAUGAUUCCGGUUAAUGAGCUCCGAAAUGCUACCUCGGAACAAAAUCCCCGUUUCCGGGUUUUAAAGCCAUGGUGGGACGUCUUCUCUGAGUACCUGUGCAUAACCAUGUUAAUGAUCGGCGUCUUUGGGUGCACCAUGCAGCUAACACAAGAAAAGAUCUCCUGUCUUCCUGAUCGAAUCACUGAAAAACAAGAUGAGGACAUGGACUGCAGUUACCUCUUAAAACCCAGAGCGAACGAUAGCCUAUGGGAGCAUGCCAUCACCAAAAAUAUUGCCCCGAACAUUGUAGAGGUGUUCGGCCGAAAGAACGACCUGGACAUUCACCAGUACAUCUUUAUAAACAGUUACUGCUACGAAAGGGCAGUGCACUGGUAUGGCAAGUACUUUCCGUACCUGGUGGUCAUCCACACCAUGAUCUUUAUGGUAGCAAGCAGUUUCUGGUUCAAAUUUCCUGGGACCUCAUCCAAGAUCGAGCUGUUUGUGUCGAUCCUGGGGAAGUGUUUCGACUCCCCUUGGACCACCCGCGCAAUUAGUGAGGUGUCGGAAGAGAGAGAAGACAUGAUCGCAUGGAAGAAAAACACAGUUAACGUAUCAGCAGUAGAAAACCCUGAUGUGGAGGACAAAACUACUGCUUUUAUGCGCUCUACGUCUGUUGUGUCAGACCGGGAAAAGAAUGUGCUAGAGUCUGAGCCUGCAACAUCUGUGCUGGACAAAAAGGAAGCUGAGCAGGCCAAGGCUCUGUUUGAGAAAGUGAGAAAAUUUCAGACUCAUGUAGAAGAAGCUGACCUUCUUUACCUCAUGUAUGUUUUCCAGACUUCACUCAAAGUGAUCAAAUUUGCCAUCAUCAUUGUUUAUAGUGUUUUCCUUGUACCAAAUAUCGAGAUUGUGGUCACUUGUAGAGUUCCGCCUGAUCUGACUGGAUUUGGUUUGUUCUGCUGUAAUAACAACAAAGCGCACCUCUUCUCAAAACUAGCCUACUGUUACAUUGGAUUUGUCGGCGUGUAUGGACUGCUAUGCAUCUAUUCUCUUUACUGGCUCUUUCAUCGACCACUCAAAUCAUACUCCUUUGAGAAUGUGCGCCUGGAGACAGGGAUCAACGACAUCCCUGAUGUUAAAAAUGACUUUGCGUUCCUUUUGCACCUCAGCGACCAGUACGACCCUCUUUACUCGAAGCGGUUUGCUGUAUUUCUCUCCGAGGUAAGUGCGAGCAGGUUGAGUCAGGUGACCCUCAAUCACGAUUGGCCCAUCAAGAAACUUUGCACACGUCUCUCAAGGAACGCUAGCGACCGCUUAGAACUGCACUUGUUCAUGUUGCCAGGUUUACCCAGCACUGUGUUUGAUGUGCCAGAAUUGGAAUCUCUAAAGCUUGAACAGAUCAAUAACGUAACUAUUCCUGGCACAGUGAACCAGCUUGCUGCUUUACAAGAAAUCUCCCUUAUUCACUGUACUGCCAGAGUUCAGCUAGAAGCCCUCACGUACCUACGAGAGAACCUGAAAAUCCUCCGCCUUACUUUUAGCAACCUAGAGCAAGUCCCUUUGUGGAUGUACACUUUAACAAAUCUGGAAGAGCUCCAUCUGAAUGGGCCCCUCACAAAUGAGCUCCAUCGUGGAGCCACUUUAGACACCUUGAGGGAGCUCAAGAAUCUACGUGUACUGACCUUACGUGGGAAACUCGCCAAGAUCCCUUCCAGUGUUACAGAUGUAGGUGGCCAGCUGCUUAGGUUAUGCGUGCACAAUGAGGGCAGCAGGCUGCACGCCUUCAGCAGUCUGAAGAAGCUAGCAAAAUUGGCAACACUAGAGCUGAUUGGCUGCGAACUGGAGCGCCUUCCCAAUGCUAUUUUCAGCCUCACCAGCCUGCAACAGCUGGAUCUGAAAGAGAACAGGCUUAUCACCGUGGAGGAAAUCCUUAGCCUGCAGCACUGCCGCCGACUGAGCACACUCAGACUAUGGCACAACUCCAUUCGCUUCAUCCCUGAGCAUAUCAACAAACUGCGCUCGCUCGAGACACUCGACUUGAGCUGGAACAAGAUUCAAAGUCUGUCAUUGCACCUGUGCUACUGCACCAAGCUUCGGCACCUGGAUCUCUCGCACAAUCAACUAACCUCGCUGCCCUCAGAGAUUGGUAUCCUGCAGAGUCUCUGGCACCUUUCUGUAGCUUACAACUCACUGGAAGUGCUCCCAGAGGAGUUGUUCUCAUGUAAAAGGCUGAGGACUCUGGAGCUGGGGAAUAACAGAAUUGUCUAUUUAUCGCCAAGGGUUGGGAAUUUGGCUCACUUGGUGUGUCUGGAACUAAAGGGUAACAGGCUGGAGUCUUUGCCUGCCGAAAUAGGUGACUGCAACCUACUGAAAUUGACUGGGAUCAUCAUAGAAGAGAGUCUGAUUGAUACUUUGCCUGCCUAUUUAAAAGCGAGAAUGAAGGAAAGGUGAUUCAAAGAUUGACUUACAUUUGCGUUGAAAAUUUAGAGAUUUUAUCAGAUUCCAGGUAUUUGAUAUGAAAAAACAUACAGCGAUAGUUGUAGUUGCGUAAUUGCGUAAGUGGCUAAUGUAUUUUUUUAUUUAUUUGCCUACUUGUAUAGGAAAACCAAAUGAAACGUGUGAAAGAAACCCUAGUCAAUUUAAAUGAACAGUUAGUGGAUAUUAUUUAUUUGCUGCAUUGAAGUGCCUUUAUAAAAAGUUUGUAUCUUUUUUUUAAUAAAAUGUUUUUAUAAA